UUGUCCAAGUUCAAGAGGAGUUCUGAGUACAGGAAUUCUUAUCCACUGACCAUAAUCAAGGACACCAGGCACAGAGAACCAAACUAGUAUAUCAAAUCUAAUCUCUACAAUGGAAGAAGCCAAAAGCCAAAGUUUGGAAGAAGACUUUGAUGGACAGGCCACACAUACAGGACCAAAAGGAGUAAUACAUGAUUGGAGGAAGUUUAAAUUAGAGAGUGAAGAUAGUGACUCGGUCCCACCAAGCAAGAAGGAAAUUCUCAGGCAAAUGUCUUCUCCUCAGAGUAGAGAUGACAAAGACUCAAAAGAAAGAUUCGGCAGAAAGAUGAGCAUUCAAGAGUAUGAGCUAAUCCACCAGGGCAAAGAAGAUGAAAACUGCCUUCGCAGAUACCGUAGACAGUGUAUGCAGGACAUGCACCAGAAGCUGAGUUUUGGGCCUAGAUAUGGGUUCGUGUACGAGCUGCAAACUGGGGAGCAAUUCCUGGAAACCAUCGAAAAGGAGCAGAAAAGCACCACAAUCGUGGUUCACAUUUAUGAAGACGGCGUUAAGGGCUGCGAUGCUCUAAACAGUAGCCUCACAUGCCUUGCAGCCGAAUACCCUAUGGUCAAGUUUUGUAAAAUGAAAGCUUCCGAUACAGGAGCUGGUGACCGCUUCUCCACAGAUGUGCUCCCCGCACUGCUUGUCUACAAAGGUGGGGAACUCAUAAGCAAUUUUAUUAGUGUUGCCGAACAGUUGGCCGAAGACUUUUUUGCUGGGGAUGUGGAGUCUUUCCUAAAUGAAUAUGGGCUACUACCUGAAAGAGAGAUGCAUGCCCUUGAGCAGACCAAUAUGGAAGAAGAUAUUGAGUAAAGAUUCGCUCUGCCGGUAUCUCAGAUUUCUCCCUUACACACCGAACAUUGAUCGAUUUGGUAGUAUCCAUACUCCUUUAGAGAAUAUCAAAUGUGGACAUGACUAUUCUCAGGUGGAAGCAAAACCAGAUUGAUGUUGAAGUUAUAUGAUUAGCAUUAUUUAGUAUUUGUUACUCAAAUUUACGUAAGGCUUUAUUACAAAACCCUGUCGUCUUCAGAAACCGGUUAGUAAACCAAGAGAAUGGGGAUUAUUUGGUGACAGUUUUCAGAAAUCCCUUCCAUGUUAUGUGUUAGCGUUUUUGCUCCUUGUUUUUCUCUGCAGUGUUAUUAUUUGGAAUUUCCAAAGGACAUCAUUAAUUAUCAUUUUGCCUACAUAAUAAGAAUAAAGUCUCAUGAGGAAAUAAA